AUGAAGCUGCACUACAUUGGCAUUAUCCGCAACGAGGGCAAGCCCGCGCAUGAAAUCACCGCCGAAAAGGAGCUCAGCGCAUACUCGCGCUUCACCCGCAACAAUUAUGGCGAGUUCAUGACUCUUUUCGCAAAGACGGUCGCCGAGCGCACCAAGCCCGGCCAGCGACAGGAUGUCGAGGAGCAAGAUUACACGUUCCACGCGUACGGCCGCACCGAGGGCAUCUGCGGCAUCAUCAUCUCCGACCACCAAUACCCCGCCCUCGUCGCCCACCAGCUGCUCAGCAAGUGCGUCGACGAGUUCCUUGCAAAGAACCCGCGCUCCUCGUGGACCACCGGCCAGCCCCAAAUCCCCAUGCCCGAGCUCGCCGACUAUCUCACAAAGUACCAGGACCCUCAACAGGCCGACAGCAUCAUGAAGAUCCAAAAGGAGCUCGACGAGACAAAGAUUGUCCUGCACAAGACCAUUGAGAGCGUCCUACAGCGCGGGGAGAAGAUUGACGACCUCGUGGCCAAGAGCGAUGGCCUGAGUUCCCAGAGCAAGAUGUUUUACCAGCAAGCCAAGAAGCAAAACUCGUGCUGCGUGCUGAUGUAG